GGGCGCACGGUCGUUGCAGUUGAUAAAUGGAGGAUUCGUGAUUGUCAAGGUAGUUUUGUUUACGCGGAAAUUUUCACUCGGUAUCAACUCCUCGCGCGUCCCGUCUGUGCUGAAGAGGUAGAUGAAGGAUCUAAGAUGUCCCGCAAUCACAAGGACAAAUAUGAAAACUCCAACCCGCGUCGUACGCAUUCGUUUAUGUCCACGGAAGAUGCGAACUCGGGGAAAAAAUCUUAUUGGCCGGAGUUGGAGAUAACAGGCAGUAUAAGAAACCUAAGCCCUAAUCUAUGGCAUUUGACUCAUUUGACAGCACUUUAUCUGAAUGAUAACAGCCUACAAAGGAUACCACCUGAGAUCGGUCGUCUUGUCAACUUGCGUGCUUUAGAUCUCAGCAGCAACAAGCUGCGCAGUCUGCCUGCUGAACUGGGGGACCUCAUCUACCUCAGGGAGUUGUUAUUGAACCAAAAUUAUCUUCGCGUGUUACCGUAUGAACUAGGAAAGUUGUUCCAGUUACAAGUGCUUGGACUACAAGGAAAUCCACUCAGCAAAGAGGUGAUGGCAUUGUACGGGGAACCUGCAGGGACGAACAAGCUGCUGACAUAUAUGUUGGACAACUUACAAGGUAAGUUACGAGCCGUACCCUAAUCGCGGUUGGUGGCGUAUGAUUGACUCCUCCUCGUAUCGAGUAAGUAUGCGGCAUGUAUACGCGCGGCGCGUCGAUAUUUAAUAACCGCGAGUUAUGCCUCGGGGCUAUUAAUCGCGGCUCCGGCGCGUCGAAAACGGAUCGUUUCCCGCAAGUAGCGUGGAUAAAUGGAGGUAAUACCGCUAAUUGCGCGUAUGAAUCUUUCUAGCGUGCGUACGGAUUGAAACGCGAUUCUCGCAGGCGUUCGCCGAGUGAGUCUGCAAAUUCUCCGUAUGUGUGCGCGCUUUUGCCGUGCGUGUGCACAUACACACAUAGUGUGUGUGUGUGUGUAUGUCUGUAUAAAGCUUAUGUACAAGCUUCUGCCGAUACCGUUAGUCUACGAUGUGCAGUGACGCGGAUUUGCAUAUGCCGCGAGAUUACGUACGCUUCCCUCCCAAUUAGCGUCGACGUUAAAUUCAGCGACGGCACGUAACCGAAUCAAUAAUACGUAAACAUCGCCCUAUUAUCGCGAGGAAGAGAAAGGGAAAGGUAAAGAGAGUGAGGGGCAGAGAGAGAGAGAGAGAGGGAGAGAGAAUCCCUGAGGGCUCGCAACGUAGAAAUAAACAGCGCUUUAAUUCCAACAGUAGAAGCUCGCUCGCUCGUUCGUUCGUUCGUUCGUUCGUUCUCUCGCUCGAAUCGGUUAAAAUAUAAUUCAGACGAAUAUCCAAACGCACGGAUGGUUAACGGUGUAUUUUAACGAGGACCCAGUCAAUAUUCCCGUUGAAUUACGCCGCGUUAUAUUUAUCAGAGUUUUGUUAUUCCCCGGGCCUGAUUUCGGUUUAUUGUUUAUCGAGAAGAGGAAUGGGGGGCGAGGGGGAGGGAGAAGCGCCCAUUGGAAAAAUAGCCGCGCGGUGCGCGCGAAUGGGGAACAUUUAUUUCGUAUCGCACUCGAGAGCGCGCUUCUCGGCGGUGAUAUUUAUUUUUCACGUAACCGAUGGUUGCGCGUGCGACGCCGAACGGUUCGCGAAUCAUUAAUAAAUUUGCCUUGCUAAGUCAUCUCUCUCCCCCUGGCCUUCCCUCCCUGCCUUCGAUCGUAGCAUCCUCCCCUCAAGGCGAUAUUAAAAUUUAUUUGCGAAAAAAUACCGGCUGUUCCGCGCGCGCUCACCGAGGGGAGAUGUACGGGAAAGCGGUAUAAAAGCGAGUUUAAUUCCAUACGAGCGCCGAGCUCUUGGCGGCCACUCUCUCCUCUCCACGCGGCGCGUCAACCGAGUCAUCGUGCACCUGCGUGAAACAUGCGCGAACCGAUCGAUGAACGCACAAUGAUCCUUUGCGACCUACCUCCACCCAUCGCCGGCGUGCCAAAGUUUGAUUAAUUGAUUCUGGAUCUGUACGUAGCGCCGUUCGGCGAAUCGUCGUAUUUGGAUAAAUCAGCGUUGAUUGCCGCGCGCGCGCGCGCGCGCACGCAUACAGCGCAGGCAAGUGUGCAAAUGAAACGAUUCUUUGCGAGUUCUUCGCGCGGGGCGAAAGGGCAAAGGGCUGUACAAUACACUCGGGGAGGACCUAUAUAAAAAGUUUACAGCGGAGGAAACGGCCGUGAGGAAACGGCACCUGAAUAAAAAUUCUGAAUACUUUUA